GGAGAGAAAAAAAAAAUGAAUGCCAUAGUGCAGAAGCCUUACGAUGCUAUGGUGCGGCUGAUGAUUGCUUUGCUGGAGCGCAACCUCUUGCCGGACAUCGUUAUACGGCGGCUGAUACGGCUUCUCUUAGCUGGCCGGCUUCUCUCCAGUUAUAAGCCAUCCUCUCAGCUGCAACUCUCUGACCUUCUCCAAUUUGUGCACUCUUUAAAAGAGAUGUCUAUAGCUGUGAUGACUGAGAAGCCAAAGUCCCAACAUUAUGAGCUCCCUACCUCUUUCUUCAAGAUUGUUCUUGGAAAACACCUCAAAUACAGCUGCUGUUACUUCAAAGACAAGUUGAGCACUUUGGAGGAUGCUGAAAAAGCAAUGAUGGAAUUAUAUUGUGAAAGGUCGCAGUUGAAAGAUGGACACACUGUACUUGAUGUUGGUUGUGGCUGGGGUUCCCUUUCUCUAUACAUAGCACAAAAAUAUAGUGCCUGUAAAGUUACCGGGAUUUGCAAUUCAGUCACCCAAAAAGCACACAUAGAAGAGCAGUGCCGGGAGCUUCAGCUGCAGAAUUUGGAGAUCAUAAUUGCAGAUAUUAGCACAUUCGAGAUGGAAGGAUCCUAUGAUAGAAUAUUGUCUAUUGAAAUGUUUGAGCAUAUGAAGAACUAUGGAGAUCUCCUGAAGAAGAUCUCAAGAUGGAUGAAGGCAGAUAGUCUUCUUUUUGUUCAUUAUUUUUGCCAUAAAGCAUUUGCUUACCACUUUGAGGAUGUGAAUGAUGAUGAUUGGAUCACUAGGUACUUUUUCAGUGGAGGUACAAUGCCUUCUUCUAAUCUCCUCCUUUAUUUUCAGGAUGAUGUUUCUGUGGUUGAUCAUUGGCUAGUUAAUGGAAAACAUUAUGCACAGACAAGUGAAGAAUGGCUUAAGAGACUGGAUGAGAACAAGAGUUCCAUAAAGCCAAUAAUGGAGUCAACUUAUGGGAAGGAUUCAGCCGUUAAGUGGACUGUCUACUGGAGAACCUUUUUCCUUUCAGUUGCUGAACUGUUUGGGUACAACAAUGGAGAAGAAUGGAUGGUUGCACAUUUCCUCUUCAAGAAGAAAUGAAUUUGCCAAGCAAAUUGUACCCAAGUAAUAAGCAUGUCUACAUGCAUUCGCACUACUACCAUAAAUUGAAGUAGAAUGUGUUGCUAUGAUGCUAUCAGUCCUAUCAUAUAUAGAGAAAGUUUCAUAAAUGAGAUGUCAGUAAAUGGGCUUCAGAAAAGGCAGCUAAGAAUGUGAUCACUCUGUUACUGAAAUCCAUUUGGACAAAAGUUCUUCAAAUGGCAAUUUGAUCCUUUCUUUUGGUG